CUCGCUCGACUCCCGCCUGUUCGCCGCGCCGGCUGCCACCGCCUCUGCUCGCCGUGCCUUCCCCCCGCUCAGGUACGCCAAACCGCCGCCUCCGCCACCGCCCGCAGCUUCGGGUUGCCUUGCAGCCGUGAAGGAUGCGGAAGCUCAAGUUCCACGAGCAGAAGCUCCUCAAGAAGACCAACUUCCUCGACUACAAGAGGGAGCGCGGCCACCGCGACGCCGUCAUCACGCAGCGCUACCUCCUCGUCGAGAGGGACGACUACAAGAAGUACAAUGGGAUAUGCCUAAUGGUGCAAAAGCUCGUCAACAUUAUAAAGCAAAUGGAUCCAAGAGACCCUUACAGAGCGGAGAUGACAGACAUGUUGCUCGAUAAGCUGUACAACAUGGGUGUAAUUCCAACAAAAAAGAGCCUUUUAACAUGUGAAAAACUUUCAGUGAGCUCCUUUUGCAGGCGGAGGCUUGCAACAGUCAUGGUGAAGCUCAAAUUUGCAGAGCACCUUAAAGAGGCUGUGACAUACAUUCAGCAGGGUCAUGUGCGUGUAGGCCCAGAUACUGUCACAGAUCCAGCCUUUCUUGUAACCAGGAACAUGGAGGACUUCAUCACCUGGGUUGACUCCUCAAAGAUCAAGAGGAAGGUCCUGGAGUAUAAUGGUGAACUGGACGAUUUUGAUGCUAUGUUUUGAGAAUACCGUUCAGCAGAAUUGGUCAUGGGUAGCUACAUGUAAGAGUUCACUACAUUUUAUAAGGUUGUGAUUUGUUGCGGAGCUACAUGUAAGAAUUGGUCAUGGUCCCUGUUAAUUUUUCACAGUGCAGCUCAAAGGCUAUGACGUUAUUACA